GUUCCGACGUCCACCGGAUUCUGCUGCCCCGUCCACGAACCGAACCGGACCCGACAGCAUGGCCUUCGUCCAGUCUCCGUUCUACAACCCGACAGUUCCUUUCACUGGAGCCAUCCAUGGUGGUCUGCAGGAGGGGAAGUCCAUCCUCAUCAGCGGACGGGUUCUGCCUGGAGCCGACAGGUUCCACGUGAAUCUGAGCCACCAGUCGGGGAUCGCUCUGCAUUACAACCCUCGUUUCAACGAGAACACCGUGGUCCGAAACACCAAGCUGUGGGACAACUGGGGCUCCGAGGAGCGGAGUGGGGGGAUGCCCUUCCAGCGUGGGCAACCUUUCAUGCUGACCAUCAUCUGUGAGAACAACUUGUUUCGGAUCUUGGUGAAUGGGAGGCAGACCCGCACCUUCAACCACCGCUUCACUCCAGUCCAAAACAUCAACAUCUUGGAGAUCGACGGGGACGUCCAGCUGAGCUCAGUCAGCGUCUGAAGGUCCUGCCGGUUCUGUUGGACGCAAGACGCGUUACAGAACGAACGGCAGCCAUCUUAUCAUCAACACCGUGUUUUACCUCCAGCGCUUUGAUCUGUGUUCAUCACAAGACGAAUAAAACUUUUUUUAGUUAAAAUAUUCAACAGAACCAGAUCAGUGUUUCGCAUUUCAUCUGCUGCACGAAGCAGAAAAAAAUCUAGUCGUUAAAAAAAGAUGUUACUAUUAAUAAAAAUGAGUUUUUCAUUGUACGUUUUAGUUUCUGCCUCAUCAAACUACAAAAAGUUUCAUUUUGUUCACUAAAUUCAAUUUGAUGCUUUAAAAAUGCUGAACGAUGAUUUUGAUUCAUUAAACUAGAAAAUAAAAGCUUUACAUGUAAUCGCUUCCUGCACCAAUAAAACAUCUCGUCGUGACUUUU